AUGUCUGGGCAAAUCAACAUCCGGCGCGAUACAACCGACCAGUUCUACCGCUACAAGAUGCCCCGGCUGCAGGGCAAGGUCGAGGGCAAGGGGAACGGCAUCAAGACUGUGCUUCCCAACAUCAUCGACGUCUCGCGCGCGCUCAGCCGCCCGCCGGCGUACGCCACCAAGUUCUUUGGCAGCGAGCUCGGCGCGCAGGUCAACAUCGACGACAAGAACGAAAAGUACAUUGUCAACGGCAUGCAUGAGGUGCCCAAGCUGCAGGAUCUCCUCUUCACCUUCAUCGACAAGUACGUGCUGUGCGGCAACUGCAAGAACCCCGAGACUGAUCUGAUCAUCACCAGGGAGCACAGCAUCAUCCGCCGGUGCAUGGCUUGCGGCCAGUGCACCGACGUCGACAUGCGCCACAGGCUGUCCACGUACAUCAUCAAGAACCCGCCGCCCAAGGAGAAGAAGGGAGGCCAGCACGCGUCGGCCACAACCAACGGCAACCCUGCGCAGGAUGGCGGCAGCAGCGAGGCCAACAGCGGCGACGACAAGGACUUUGAGCUGCUAGCCGGCGACGCCGCCAACCUGAAGCUCGACGACGACGACGACUGGGACAUCCAGCUCGACAUGUCCGAAGAGGCCGUCGCCGAGCGCCAGCGCGUGCUCUCCGGCGGGAUCAAGCUGAGCGCCGGCGGUGAAGAUGAGGAGGCCGACCCGUAUGACCUGCUGGGCGACUUUAUCAAGGCCAACAAGGACGCCUCGGACCGCGAGAUCUUCGAGAAGGCCCAGCAGCUGGACCUCGACAAGAAGCACCGCGCGCUGGUUGUCGUCAUCAUGUGCCUGUUCGACGAGCCGGCGUCGGUUGUUAAGAACGUGGCCAAGCGCGACAAGAUCCUGAUGGCGUUCGGCGACAGCGACAAGCACCAGCGCGCCAUCAUCGGCGGCUUCGAGCGCGUCAUCGAGGCCAACAUGGACAAGCUGCUGCCCAAGGCGCCGGCCAUCUUCAAGGCGCUGUUUGACGAGGAGGUUGUCGAGGAGGACGCGUUCCUCGAGUGGGGCAAGAAGCCGUCCAAGAAGUACGUCGACAAGGAAGCCGCCAAGCAGAUCCACAGGGCCGCCCAGCCCUUUAUCACGUGGCUCGAGGAGGCCGACGAGGAGGACUCUGACGAGGACUCUGCGUAG